AUGACCGGCCGUGCGUGCCCCUGGUUCACCUCCCUCGACGAGGACGUCGAGGCCUACGUCCGCUCUGUCGCUGAGGACGCCGAAAGCGACUCGGACCUCGACGGCAUCGUGGAUCUCCUCGCCGCUCAUGGCAUCGGCACCGAGGGGUCAGAGGACAUGCGAGCAGAGCUUCGCUGCCUGCGCGAACAGUCAGCAACGGCUGCGCCUGCUUCGGGCCGUGUUGAGAGGACAUCCACGGCAUGUUGUGGCGAAAAUGGCGGAGGCGGACGCGGUGGCGACGUCAGCAGCUGCAGCAGCAGCGGUGGCGGCGGCAGCGGCUCCGGCCGCAGCAGCAGCCGCAGCAGCGGCCGCAGCAGCGGCCGCAGCUGCUGCGCCAGCGGUGCUAGCCCCACGGGCGGCCGCUCCCUCACGGCGCCGCUGGCGCCGCCGACGCCGAGCACGGCCGAGCUGACGCUGCUCGAGGUUGUGCCGGCCGCCAGCGCGGCGCUGGCGAGGCACGUUCUGCGGUGCGAGGGAGGCGACGUGCAGGCGGCGAUAGAGGUCCUGCUCGGCGGCAGCCUCGAGACGCUCGAGGAGGAGAUGCGGGCUGAGCAGCAGCGCGCGGCGCAGCUGGAGGUGGCCGCCGCCGCGCAGCAGCAGCGGCAGCGCAAGGUGGACCGCCGUCGCGUGCUCGGGCGGUACGACGCGCAGCGCGAUUUUGACGCGGAGGGCGGGGCGCCUCCGCCGCUCGAGCCGCCGCGGCUGCCGUACGCGCAGAGCCGCAAGGAGGCGGUUGGGGGCAACCGGACGAUGUACCGCGACGGCGAGGCGGUCUAUGUCAAGGGGAACCCGAAGCAGGAGAGCAAGUGGGAGAAGAAAGAGGAGUGGGACGGCGGCUCGACCGGCCGCGUCAAGACCAAGGGCAAGCGCGGGCCCGGCUGGAGGUAA